AAGAAGAAGAAGAUUAACCCAAGAAAAAUUGUACCAGAAAAAAUAUGAUUUUACGGAAUUUGGAUAAAAAAUGCCUCUUAAAAACAUUGGAGAGGCAAUUUGCUAACAAUUAUGCGACUGUCACUGAAGCUGCGAAAGAAUCUAGAGAAGAAUUUAAGGCCCUUAAUUUAAAACAUGUCAAGGGGCAAGUGGUACAAAAAAGGGCCCCCAGAAAAUUAGAUGUUUUGCCACCAAGGUCAAAGCAAAUGGCCACUGAUCAAGAUUGGGGUAAUGUUUGGCCGGGACCGCGAACCUUUCACCCCUCCACUGUCCCCUUGCCAAUAAGACAAGGUUAUGUUGAAAAAGGGGCCCCACCAGACAAGUACGCAAAUGCUGAAUUAAUGAAAAUCCCUAAUUUUUUACACUUAACACCACCAAUCAUCAAGAGACAAUGUGAGGCAUUAAAGCAGUUCUGCACACCAUGGCCAAAAAAUUUAAACACACAGGAAAAACUUAUUGAAAAUUUUCCCAUUGAAGUUACUACCAGUAAUUAUUGUUUGUCUUCUCCUUCAAUUAGAAAUCCUUUAGCUAGGAUUGUAACGUUAACCAUUAAAGUAUCAAGUUUAAGUUUAAAAGGGGCUAUGGAUAAAUUUUUGAGGUUGGUUGGUGAGAGAUACAAUGAAAAAACUGAUAUUCUUACAAUAGUCGCAGACAGGUGUCCAUUAAGAAAGCAGAAUUAUGAGUAUGCAAUGUAUUUGCUUACAGCAGUUUACCAUGAAUCAUUGAAAGUUGAGCCCUGGGAAAAUUUAAAAUCAGAAGCAGAUAUGGAGUAUUACAAUUGGGAAAAAAAUGCUUCAAAAAAAUCAAUUGAACAAAUCUUUGGUAAACCUGUAGAAGAAAUACCUAACUCAAAAAUGUAUGCUGAGGCAGUAAGCAAUUUAAUGAAUGAAGGGGAAAGUGAUUAUACAAUUGCAAAAUAUGGGGAAGCAGUCAGAACUCUUUUAAAUCUACCAAAAACAGCCUAGCAUAUUUUUGUAAAUAAAGUAUAACUUUAAG